CUGCCUACUGGUUUUGGCAAAAGCAUCAUAAACCAGUUAAUCCCGAGAGUAAAGUCGACUGCUUUACUUGCUGCAAAUGCUGAAGCGCGUCAAGAUGAAAUGCAGCAAGUUGUCGUUGUAGGUCCCCUUGUUCAAAUUAUGCAAGAGCAGGUUAAAGAUCUUGCGUUCCAUGGAAUGAAGGCUGCAAGAAUUGGUAAGUCAUUUGAUGUUGACCAUCAAGUUAUAGAAGGACAUUACGAAGUAAUAUUCGGCAACGCUGAGGAAUGGCAAUUACCUAAAUGGAAAACCUAUUUGAAGAAGACACGAAACAUUGCUACUUUUGUUGUUGACGAGGUGCACACUGUGGUGACUUG